AUGCCAACACGAGAAUUUAUUUCUAGACGGGUAUUAUACCUAAUGAUGUUAGAAUACUCGUUGAGGCACAACGAUCACGUAAACCAGUACAUAAUAAACGGUGAAGGACCUACGUGUCUAAGAAACCAUAUGAGAAUAGCCAAUGAACAUUUACCUGUACCAUAUACUACAGCUGAGAUGAAUAGAAUUAUGGAGAUAAUCACUAUGACUCUCCGUUUAACAAUUUUAGUACGCGAAAUACACGCACCCACAUGCCUCCAAUUGGCUAAUUUAAUAACCGAACUAAUACAAGCCGCCGAGGCAGCUGAAUAA